CAAUCACUUGGGGCAAAUUCUGGUGACACAUCGUAGCGCGGGCCCCUGGCCAAAGGGAAUUAUUAAUGUUCAGAACGUAUUUAUAGCUGCUUUAUGUACGGCUGAGGGUUAGGGAAGACGUGCAUUGAUACACAUCAAGAGAAGGACACAAUGGCGAGGAAUGCACUCAGUGUCUCAACUACAAAGACUCAGUCGGUCACUCAAUUUCAAGAAAAUGUCUACGCACUAUUACUUCAAAUCCCCAAAGGUCGCGUGACCACUUACGGCGCCAUCGCGCGCGUGCUCAAGACUUCUCCCAGAGCAGUUGGCAAUGCUCUACGCAACAACCCGUUUGCGCCGGAAGUCCCUUGCCACAGGUGUGUGGGCAGUAGCGGUUUUAUAACGGGAUUUGAUGGUGAGAGCAUCGAUAAAAAGAACUUCAAAAGAUCAAAAGAUGGACUUGUCCAGGGAGCUGCACACCAGAGCAAGCCUCGCGGGCCAAAGAUAUCGCCAGCGCAACCUGCUGGCACUAAGCUUAGUCUAAAGAUACAAAUUCUACAUGACGAGGGAGUCCAAAUCGAUGGCAAGGGCAUGGUUGUGAAUCGAAAGAAGGUACUUUGGGACGGGCCGUGGAACAUAGACACCAUUCGCGAUGACAUCAAAUCGACGAGUUAAAACGAAGCGGGUUAUGCUGAGCAUUCAAUUAACCAAGGAUACAUUAUUGGCCAUCUAUGCGGUCGUGCAUAUUAUUGCUUUCGUCCACUGGCGUGAUGCUGAACGCGUCCGCGUCGCGAGGCUCGGUUCCGGAUGUUCAUUACAUCAGCUAUCAAGAAGCCAGCCAGAAUAGCUUCUCUGGACUUUUUCUUUAUUUGGCUCUUGGCUCUGGGAAUUAUAUUCUCAAUUGUAGCCACCGCGGAUAUGAGAUGUUUGCGACUCUUGGAUUAAUCGGAGAGAAUGACGAUGGUCCGUUGGCUUCGAAGCGGAGACUAAGCCUAUUAGGGGGAAGCAAGGUCUCUAGACAGUCGAAGGCAAUCUAUCCAUUACUUCAAGCUCAAGACUGUGUAAACAAAAGUGAUAAAACUAUUAGUUUAAGCAAUGAAAUCGGUCU